GUAGGUACGUCGCGACGCCCUUGUGAGCUGCUCCUACUUUGGACGAACAGUCUGAUGUCCAAUGUGAGACGAGUCAUGGUCUCCUGAAUGCCUGACUGUACCCCACAUGUUGUACGUGUUGGUUCACUGCAGUCACGCGUGAACCCAGCUCGGGAGGAUUUAGAGGUUUCGUGUCAUUCCUCUUGUGUGUCUCGAUCUGGAGUUUUGAGAGGCUUGCUGUCGUAGGGGUCGUGAGGUUUUUGCGGGGUUAGGCGGAUCGCCGACGUAGUUACGUGGCUGUACGUCAGUUGGAGUUCUGUCCGUUGGGUGCGGAUAUUCGCCGUUUUCUCUGGACUGUUCCUUGAUCAGGAAAGAUUAUUCAAACAGAAGAGAUACGAGAGUGGUAACUCCUGUUUGGGAUCCAAUAUUGGAAUAGACUACGCCAUCAUGAAUCGCGGUGAGGGUGAGCCUUACAAUCCAUAUCCUGAGAAGGAAGGCCAUCACCAUCACCACCACCACCAUCACCGCCAUUUUUCGGAUGAAGAGCAGCCUCGAUACGGCAGCAAUCUCGAGCACAGGCCUCCUCCCAUGCCAGUAUCUGGAGAUGCUGCUCCAUAUGGCUAUGGUGAAGGAUCAUAUGGACAGGAGGGGAGGCGCGGUGCAUACGAAGAGCAGGGAUACCGCCAUUCUGGAGGAUACCCUCCAUCAGGUCCUCGUUAUGUCGGCCCGGAAUAUCACAACUCGCCCUAUGUACCCGCUCCACGUCAUCACAGCGUAGUGACCGAGGAUGAGGGUUCUCGUCGGAGGCCAGUGCUUGGUCUGCCUGUAAGACUCCAUUGUAAGGCGGAUCCUAAUUUCAACCUCGCUGCUGUUCCUGGCCAAGGCCCGGUUAUGGUCCCAUUCAGUCCGAACGAUGAUUUCCAGGUGUGGUAUAAGGAUGUGACCAUGAGCACAAGAGUCAAAGACGAAACUGGAUCGAGUGCCUUCUCUCUGAUCAACAAGGCUACAGGUCAAGCUUUACGACAUGCACCUGAGGACCUUGCACAGUGCUUGUUGGCAGAUUACGACAGUAAUGCUCUCGACCAGACCGUGUUGUGGACAAUGAGCGAGGAUAUGGGUCAAGGCUACUGCUGCAUUCGGCUAGCGUCUCAGAUCACACGGAACUUGGAUGUUCUUCGUGGGGAUAAGAAAUCGGGGGGAGUGAAAGAAGGCUCACCUGUCAUCACCUUUGCAUGGAAAAAACAGGAUAACCAAAUCUGGAAGAUGAUUACCGCCUGAAGAUCUUACGGGCAGCGUGUUAGAGUGCAGACUUGCGGAUGUUGAUGUUUAAGGACUCGUCAAUGAACUUACUCUACUUUUUUCCGCACCUUUCUAAUUGUCAAUAUAAUGCAGAGAAUGUGCGUAAGUAUAGAUGCAGGAAGAUUUUAAAUGAACCAGUUUUAAAGUUUGGACAAGUUAGUUGAGGAUAGUUUUGAAAAUUUGUGUAUUUUGUACUGGAAGGUACCUAUAUGUUCAAUGUGUGCUUUGCCGUGAAACUACAAAACACAUUUUAAUAUCUGCCCAGAGUCAUGGGAAUUAAAUUGUAAUGAGUUUCACAUAUUAGAGCAAAGCAAUAAGCGUGUCCUAUAUCAUUUAUUACUUGGAAGAUCAAACUUCAUUCAAUUGUGGAAGUUUUGACACAUGUAAGGUAUUGUUCGACCAUUAAGUUUUGACUCAUGUGAGGUCAAAUUGUCCAUUGAACUUU